AUGGGAACGAGGAUGGAGGUGGCACAGCUGGAGAGCGGGAUGAACACCGAGGAUUAUAGAAGGCUUCAGAGCCUCUUCCUGGACCCCCUGGACGCUUCCCGCUCCCUGUCCCGAACUGAAUUCAUCGAUUUGGCCUGGUCGUCAGUCGGCCGAGGCUCCAGGGAGGAAUACGGCCUCCUGUUCGACAGCGUGGUUGUCACUCAGGAGCACCGCGGCCUCCUUCUGGACAGCGAUGCCGUGAAGGACGAGGGACGCGUGGACUGGGGAGGCCUGUGCUCUUUUCUGCUGCUGGAGCUCUCUGAGAAAGUGAAGAACAACAGAACCAGCACAGUGCCGUGCUGGAAGCCCCCCCGCACCCUGACCUGCCCACAUCGGGAUCAGGUCCAGAAGGUGUUGUACCUGCAGAGCUCAGGUCAGUAUGUGACUGUGAGCAAAGGAGGAAGUGUUGGGCUGCGGGAGAGAGAGGACAUGUCCCUCACACACACACAUCGACUGCAGAACUGCACGGUCGCCCCCAAAGACCUCUGGGCCACAGACGUGGUGCUGCUGCACAACGUCCACAUGAUAGCUGUUUCAUUUACAAGUAAGGAGGUGUGUUUUUAUGACAUACUGUUGAAACAGGACUUCAGCUGCAAGUAUAAAGUCCAGGGUUUGACGCACACUCCCUGGUGUCUUGACUACUGGGCCGAUCCCUCUAACCCGGACCAGGCCGUUCUCACCAUAGGAGACAUUGGAGGACAGGUCAGUGCUUUACAUUUCACCUCAGCUCAGAUCUCUCUGUUUGAGAGACUGAGUCAGAGGACGGACUCAGAUUCUGCAGACAUCGUCCUGUGGGAUGAGCUGGUCAGAGGAAAACACAUCUCCUGUUACAUUGUUUCACACCGAGUACACGCACCCGCCUGGGUUAGAAAAGUGCGUUACCUGGACUCACUGGAAGCCUUUGUGUCGUGUACUACCAGACCACAGAGCAGCCUGGUGAUUGGCUGGUGGGAAAAAGAGAGCCGCAGUCUUCGAACCACAUCGUUUCUUACAAACAGGGGCGUGUGGGACGUGGACCACCACCGUAAACUCAAUCUGAUAGCCACAGCAGGCGUGGAUCAUCAGGUCCUGGUGUGGAACCCGUACGUGACCUCGGAGCCGGUGUGUGUGCUCGGCGGACAUAUGGGCCCGGUCCUCGCAGUUCGCUUCAUGCAGACCAAGCAACAACUGCUCAGCUACUCCAAAGAUAAGGUCCUGUUCCUGUGGGACGUGCCCAGUCAGCAGUGUGUUCACCGUCUGGCUGGCGUCUUCCCAAAGACACUGGAGGACACCCACACCCUCCUGUUCCUCCACGAGGAGCGUCAUCUCCUCCUGCUCUCCUUCAACAGCCUGCUUCUUCUGCUGGAGACCACGAAGGAGGAGAGGAGGACCAGCAGCCACGAACACCCUGUGACCUGUGUGCUGUACAACAGUCUGUUCAGACAGGUAGUCAGCAGUGACUCUGCCUCCUCUGUGAUCUGCUGGCAGGCUGACACCGGCCAAAAGGUCAAGCAGUUCCACCGUUGUCAUGGCGACGCCGAGAUCUCCACCAUGGUCCUGGAUGGUACGCAGACGCGGCUGUUUACCGCAGGCACUGACGGAGAGGUCAAAGUGUGGGACUUUAAUGGCCGCUGCCUCCACAGGAUGAACGCCGGCCUGGGUCGAGCUGUGGAGAUCUCUCAAGUCCUGCUGCUGAAGAGGAGCAUUCUGGUGAUGGGCUGGGAAAGGAUGUUGACUGUGUUCCGGCUGCAUUCCUUCUCGCAGUCUUUUGUUGAGCCCUCGGAGUGGAAGGGAGGUGUUCAACAUCGAGGUGAUGUGCUCUGUGCCGCCUUCCAGCCUCCACACACUCUGGUCACAGGAAGCUACAAUGGAGAGAUUAUAGUGUGGAACAAUGACACAGAAAAAGCUUUGAGGAAACUGCAGCCACAUCCUGAGCAGGAAGACAACAAGAAGCAGCCAGACGACUCCCCUGACGCCAUCACCAGACUGUUCUUUAUUCCAGGACGCACAUCUGCAGCUGCAGGUGGUGCAGACUUGGUGUCGUGUGGAGGUUCGGGUGUGGUCCGGCUCUGGAACACUGUCCACAGUCGUCUUGUGGGACAGUUCGCAGCUCACAGCAGAGACCUGGGAUCCAUCAUCAUGACGGUCAGCCCUCGUGGGAAAUACUUAGUCACUGCGGAUAGAGAGGGGACACUGAAGACAUGGGACAUACAGGAUUAUUUACUUGAACCAGUUAACGGAAAAACCAAAGAACCUCCAAACCUAUUGAGUAGUUUCCGACCACACCUCGAUCGAGUGACUCACCUGGAGACGUGUAUCCAUGGCAACAGGCUCCUCCUUCUCUCAGCAUCGUCAGACUGCAGCGUGGCUCUCAGCUUUCUGCCCGGAGAUACCAUUGGUCUGUUCGGACAGGAGGAGCUGUGGUGCACGGACAGACCUGAACGGCUGCACCCCCAGCAGGAACCUGAACAGGACCAGAGAGAACACGGAAGACAGGAAAACAUCAGACAAGCGGUGGGGGAGGUCACCUCCAUCUCCCAGUGAGACUCUGUCGUGAUCCGAGACUCGACGGGUCAGCAGAGGGAGGAGACAGCGUUAUAUGAGAUGUGCACGAGGAGGGGGGCGGCAAACGUUGACAACAAUGAACCAGAUUUCAGAGAUGACUAAUAAAU